UGCAGUCAGCGAGCCGAGCUCUUGCGGAGAGCCGGGGUAGUGAACCAAGCCCGGCAAACCGCGCGAGAUUUUCCUCCCUCGAGACCCGCAGAGAAACCUUGGCAGACCUCUGCUCAGAGUGAUGAUUGUACAAAGAGUGGUAUUGAAUUCCCGACCUGGAAAAAAUGGUAAUCCAGUGGCAGAAAAUUUCCGCAUGGAAGAGGUCAGUUUACCAGAUAAUAUCACAGAAGGACAAGUAAAAGUUAGAACUCUUUAUCUUUCUGUGGAUCCUUACAUGCGUUGUAGAAUGAAUGAAGAUACUGGCUCUGAUUAUUUAACACCUUGGCAGCUAUCUAAAGUGGUUGAUGGUGGGGGCAUUGGAAUUAUAGAAGAAAGCAAACAUACACAUUUGACUAAAGGAGAUCUUAUGACUUCUUUUAAUUGGCCUUGGCAAACCAAGGUUAUUCUGGAUGGAAAUAUCCUUGAAAAGGUAGACCCACAACUUGUGGAUGGACAUCUUUCGUACUUUCUUGGAGCUAUAGGUAUGCCUGGUUUGACUUCCUUGAUUGGGAUACAGGAAAAAGGUCAUAUAACUGCCGGAUCCAAUCAGACAAUGGUUGUCAGUGGGGCUGCUGGUGCUUGUGGAUCCUUGGCUGGGCAGAUUGGCCAUUUGCUGGGCUGUUCCAGUGUGGUGGGAAUUUGUGGAACAGAAGAGAAAUGCCUCCUUUUGACUUCAGAACUGGGCUUUGAUGCAGCAAUUAAUUAUAAAAAAGGGAAUAUAGCAGAACAACUGCGUGAGUUAUGCCCAGCUGGAGUGGAUGUUUACUUUGACAAUGUCGGCGGUGACAUCAGUAACACCGUGAUAAGUCAGAUGAAUCAGAACAGUCACAUCAUUCUGUGUGGUCAAAUUUCUCAGUACAAUAAGGAUGUGCCUUAUCCUCCUCCACUGCCCCCUGCUGUAGAGGCCAUUCAGAAAGAAAGAAACAUCACGAGGGAAAGAUUUCUGGUAUUAAAUUAUAAGGAUAAAUUUGAGCCUGGCAUUCUACAGCUGAGUCAGUGGUUUAAAGAAGGAAAACUAAAGAUUAAGGAGACUAUGAUAAAUGGGUUGGAAAACAUGGGAGCUGCAUUCCAAUCUAUGAUGACAGGAGGUAACAUUGGAAAGCAGAUAGUUUGCAUUUCAGAAGGAAUCACUUUGUAAUCUCUGUAAGAGUUGUCAUCAAGGAAAUCACAGAUUUCUAUUUUGCACAGAUUUUCAGGAUACAUUAAAAAAAAUCGUAGUUUAUGGAUAGCUUUUUAUUUAAACGUGGUCAUAGGUGAUAUUUUCUUGGAUGCUUAACAUAAUUCUUUCUUAGAUUUUAAGUAUCAUAUAUACAUUCUACUUCCAACAUAUGAUUAUUUAUAGUAAUAGACUGAAGUCAACAUGAUUAUUUUUCUUUCUUUUUUUGCUUCAACUAAUAUUGCAUAUAUUUGUAUCAGAUAUUUUGAAGAUACUGGAGAUUUGAUACAAUUGUUAAUGGAUCAUAUAAAAUAGAACAUAAGCAAUUAAUUUUUAUUAAUUUAAAAAUAGAAUACUGAAGAUGUACCUUUUUAGUUCAGAUCAUUUAAAAAAUAAUAUUAAAAUUUAACAUUUUUCUGUCAAUAAGUUCUAGAAUUUAUUUGAAUAGUUGUAAACUUCCUGGGAAUAUCAACCUUGAUAGUAUUGGUUUUCAAAAUAGGUUUGCUAGAAAGGAAAAUCCUUUGUGAGCUUUUUAUGUAUCUGCCAGUAGUUGAGUCACAUAAAUUUGUAUUUACCCAGUUAUGAAGUGGGCAAAAUGUGGUUUAUCCUCUGAUUAAUAAACAAAAUACAUUUGGUUGUGGACAGUUUCCUUUAAAAUAAAAGAG